AUGCCACCUGCCGCGAUUCGCGACUCGGCCAUGGUCAAUGGAAUAAGCACAAACGGUCACUUGCAUGUCAACGGCAAUGGCGUCACCAACGGCGGCUCUCAUGCCGCCAUGUCGAAUCGCGCGAGCCCUUUGCGCAAACAGUCCAGCCCCAUGGCCCCUGCUUUCAUGGUCUCGGCCCCCGGCAAGGUCGUCUUCUUUGGCGAGCACUCUGUCGUCUACGGCAAGCCUGCCAUUGCUGCUGCCAUUUCUCUCCGAUCCUAUCUUCACGUCACCACACUCUCCAAAUCACGACGGACCGUUUCUCUGCGAUUCCCCGACAUUGACCUGAUCCACACGUGGAACAUUGACGAUCUGCCCUGGAGCAUCUUCCACCGCGCCGACAAGAAAAAGUCAUAUUAUUCUCUCGUUACGGAGCUAGACCCCGAGCUCAUCGACGCCCUCCAGCCCCAUCUAGACGUCGUCUCGCUCGACCACCCAGAAGAGACUCGCAAAGUCCAUAAGAACACCGCCUCUGCCUUCCUCUAUCUCUUCCUCUCGCUCGGCAUGCCCUCAUUUCAUGGGUGCCUAUACACUCUGCGCUCCACCAUUCCCAUUGGCGCUGGUCUCGGAAGCAGCGCCUCCAUCUCCGUCUGCAUGUCCGCCGCCCUGCUGCUCCAGCUGCGAACCCUCUCCGGCCCCCAUCCCGACCAACCCCAUGAAGAAGCUCGCCUACAGGUUGAGCGAAUCAACCGAUGGGCCUUUGUCUCCGAAAUGUGCAUUCACGGCAAUCCAUCUGGUGUCGACAACACUGUCGCCACGCAGGGCAAGGCAGUCGUCUUUCAACGCACUGAUGAUGCUCAGCCCCCGGCUGUCCGUCCUCUCUGGGACUUUCCCGAGUUGCCUCUCCUUCUAGUGGAUACCAAACAGCCCAAGUCUACCGCCUACGAAGUCGCCAAGGUUCGCAAGCUCAGAGAUGCUCACCCCAAGUUGGUGAAUUCCAUUCUCGAUGCCAUGGACCGUGUCACGCUGUCUGCUAGUGAAGUCAUUGACCAUGAGGAUUUUGACGAGAAGAAGGAAGAGUCUUUGCAAAAGGUUGGCGAGCUGAUGAACAUUAAUCACGGCCUUUUGGUGUCGCUUGGCGUCUCUCACCCGCGCCUGGAGCGUGUACGAGAGCUGAUUGACCACGAAGGCAUUGGCUGGACCAAGCUCACUGGUGCUGGCGGUGGUGGAUGCUCUAUUACUCUGCUGCGACCCGGUGUAGACAGGGCCAAGGUUGUCAAAAUGGAGAAGCGCAUGGAGGAUGACAACUAUGCCAUGUUUGAGACGACGCUCGGCGGUGAUGGUGUUGGUGUUCUUUGGCCCGCUGUUCUCAAAAAUGGCACAGAAGAAGAUGAAGAGGGUGGCAUGGAGAUUGAUCUUGAAAAGUUCCUCAGCGCCGAAGACAACGACGGUGUCGAGAAGCUCGUGGGCGUGCACGGCGGCGGCCUCGAGCGUGAAGGCUGGAAGUUUUGGCGCAUGGAGAGCAGAUGA